AUGACGGGAAAGAACGCAGUUUUGCUGGCCGUGCUGUUGUCACUGGUGGUGGUUUCCGCCUCCGCGCAGGCAGAGGACAAACAAGGUCCGAAAGUUCAGGCCACCCGCCAACACAUCGACGAAACUAUGGACGCCCAGACCGACGCGGUGACGCCCCCAUACGACGCGUUGGAAGAGUUCAUUCAGGCCUUCCGGGAGGUGAAGAAAGCGGUUGAACAAGAUGUGGCUGUGAACAAGGAGGCGAUGCAGCGCGUAGCGGAUUUCGACUUGGUGUCCCUCUUGGAUGUGAUACGAGAGGCCGCACAAGCGAAAUUUACACUUCUCGGGCGCCUAAUUGGAGAUAUUGCCAGCGGGAUCGGCAACGGAGCCCUGGCUCUGAUGGGCGACGAAGCCGCCUUUAUCCAGCCGAAGAAACAGGGUCUUAAAAGAACAACUACGACGACCAGCACGACCCCCACGACUACCACCUCUACAACGUCCACUACAACUACCUCUACUUCCACGACGAGUACAACAAGUACAACAACCUCAACGACUACAACGACGACCACUUCUAGCUCGACUACUACGACUACCGCGGGAUAG